CCAGGCGACGGCGGCAUGGCGUCUCCCCAGGAGCAGGAGGCGCUGGAAUACCUGGCGGAGCAUCAGAUCCUGGAGCUGAUCGACAGCCUCACCAGCAUGUUGCUCUACUACCGGCCCGCUAAGCCUUUGGAGUUUUUAAUUGAACAGCUGGAGCAAUUGAAGGUUGCCAAAACGAUUAAAAAAAAUUAUCCUUGUUUAUUUGAUGAGUCCAAUUUGGAUGCUGUGUUUGGUAUUUUGGAUACUACAAAAAAAGGACAUAUCACUUUGGUUCAGUACACGGAAGCUUUGAAAACUCUUGGAGUGAAGGAUUUUGCAAAGGAACCAUCAGGUGCUGAUGACGAUAAAAUCCGCCUAGCAAUAUUCAAAGCCGAGGCGAAAGCUGGAUUAAUGAAGAUGUAUUCCCCAUACAAACCUGGAUAAAGCUGUGCAUUUCUUUGUGUCUACAGUUAACUUCUUCUCAACAUUCAUCUGAACAUGAUUAGUGUAAAAUUGAGACAAGUAAAAUAACAUUUGCUUCAUUCACUUGAAUAAAUAAUGCCUACUUUGGCUUUAAUGUUAA